AGAAAUGAAAAUAUAUUUUGUAGAACGUGUAACAGUAUUUCAUGCAUUUUAGACACCGAAGCCAGUCAGUCAUUCACCAAUCGACUGACUAUGGGUUACAACGACUUGAGUCGACUAAGUCGACUCACAACUUGAUCGACUCAGUCGAUAGCUCAAAUGACUGGCGCUCAGUUGGCUUUCAAUCGACUGACUGACUAACUCAAUCGACUGACUUCGGUGCAUUUAGUAAUAAACUCUUUUUCGUUAUAUUUUGGGUUGUUAUUUUUUUAUAUUGUUACUUUGAUUUGAUAUUAUCACCAUCCAGUUAAUACCUGCCACAAUGGAUGUUCAAGAAGAUGCUUCAUCGCUUUUACUUAGUACUUAUAAAACAGGAAAGUGGAGUGAUGUAACCAUCAUGAACGGAGAUAAGAAGUAUAGACUCCAUAAAAACAUUUUGUGCACUGCAAUCCCUUAUUUUGAUAAAAUGUUUUCAUCUGAAUUCUCAGAAUCAACAAGUGAAGUGAUCAACCUCGACCAUAACCCGGAUGUAUUUGACCUUAUUAUCGAAUGGGCUUAUUGUUCAAAAAUAAAGAUAUCAAAAGAAAAUGCUGUCGACCUGUUCCAUCUUGCUGACUAUAUGAAUAUUCCUAAAUUAACAACUGUAUGUUUAAAUUUCUUAUGGAACAACUUCUCUGAUUAUCCGUUCAUAGAUGUUGGCCACUGGAUAAAUCAAAUUUCUACGGAAGAAGUAAAUAAUUUUCUUGAUAGAUAUAUUUGUUCGAACUUCUGGGACAUUGUUCAUACAGAUUCAUUUCUUGAAUAUGAUGUUGACACUGUUGCUUAUAUGAUCAGUUUUUUUGACUUGGACAUUGAUAAUGAAAUGCAAGUUUUUGAUGCUAUCAUAAAAUGGAUAGAAAAACGUGUCGAAAGAAAGUCUCAUCUUUCAAAAUUGCUCAGGAAGGUUCAUUGGGUUGAGAUAAAUAAAGUCCAGUUCAUCAACAGAAUCGAUAAAUUAUCUUGGACUUUGCAUGAUCGGACGCGUCCAGUUAUCAUGGCUGCAAUUGAGCUCAUGUUUUACAAAUCAUUGAAAAAAAUGAAAUCUAUCGACGUUGUUUUCGGGCCUCGUUAUGCAUCAGACAGCUUUCAUUAUGCCAUCCGUAGGAAGACUGAUUCUUCCAUAGAAGCUGAUAAUUUUAAUGGAGAUUAUGGCAAGAUUAUUUUUUCAGAAAAUCGUUCUCUUCCUCCAGCUAAUUUUGGUGAUUCCCAUAUAACUGAACAUUGCAUGGACUCUGAUGUGAUUAUCAGAAUCGACUGGAAGAAUAAAACUUAUCGGUUAUUCAGAGAUUCUGAUUGUUGUUACAUUCUCUUGUUUGGGCGCUUAUUUCUAUUCAACAAAAAUGACAGAAAAGUUCAUUUUUGGAAAGGAGAACGACUUAUUGAGUUCGCACAUUUACCCGAUGGCAAUACAACCAGUCAAUCAACUGUCACGUUAACCAAAUACAAAGGAGGGCUUUGUUUGUCAAUCAUUGCUACAAGCGGAUCUUACAAUCAGAAUUACUACAACAGUUACACGGAAUACAAAUCGCAAUUGACUAUUGCGAAUUGUACUUCUUCCGAAGACAUGUUCAAGGUUGUUGCUAGUCAUGAAAUCGUCACAAAAGAACCCAUAAAGAGGCUGAAAAGUACAACUUUACGUGACUUGCUCGUAAUAUUUGUAGAUUGCUCUCUGAUCCUUUCAUACGAUUUUCAACAAAAAAUCUUUAAAGAGCAUAAAAAUGACUUGAAUGGCCGUAGCCUGUGCUUUCUACAUUAUCGCCAUUUCGGUCCAAGAUUGUUAAUUUUCAAUAAUGAUGGAAACCAAAGUAGACAAGGUUUUCAUGCCGAUAGUGGAGAACUAUCUUGUCUGGCUGAUCCUCAUGAGCCAUAUGCCGGUAUUGAAUCCGAGCCUAAUCUAUUUGGUUUCCUUUCGCUUGAAGCGGGACACCACGCUAAUAUGAGUGAUUUGCAAUGUAAGUAAAAUCAAAAAAAAGAAACCAUUUCUGGAAGAAAAAGAUUUGACCAAAUUAAAUUUUCUAGCUGAGCCAAAUAAAAAUAUAAUUUACAAAUAAGACCAAAAUAUCUAUUUCAAUCUACUUGUAUUUCAUCUUAAUGUAUUUACACUGAUUUAAAAAAGUUGAAUUUCACUUUAUGUGCAAAGGAAUAGAGCGUUGGAAUAAAAUUAAAUGGAUAGAUGCACCUCUGAUCAAUUUUUACAAUACAAAGAAAUAUAUUACAAAGAAUAUAUUUGUUACAAAAUUUAAAGGAAAUUAAAUGGAAAGUGAAGGCCUUUUUUUGCCAUUCCGAGAAGACUUUGAUCCAGUUUUGCCAAAAACAAUUCCAAUCAUCUUUCCAAUCAUUGCUGGACUCGUUUUCCUUCUCAUUGGUGGUAAUGUUUUCAAUAAAGCACAAGGCUUUGCUUCACGAAUCAAACUUUGAAAUGCCAAAGAAACACCAAUGUAACUCUCUGCUGCCGAUACUUCAUAAAACUGACACUGCCACAGAAGAGACAACCACCCUAAUCUAAAACAUCCACUAUUCAUUGCCAUCGAAAAGUGGUGAACAAUUUGGUAGAAAAUCUUAUGAAAAAAAUGAUUGAGAUGUGAUGGACAUUGGUAGAAAAAAGCCAAUUCAAGUUGAAAAAUUAUGCCUUGAAGAUAAUGAACUGCGUGCUGACAUCUCGAUUAUAUAUGAAUACUGUGCAUAUCUAUUAAUGUUAAUGUUAAGAAAACCGGUAAUCCAGAGUAAAAUUCACUUGGCAUAAACAAUAGUUUAAUCGCGUUAGAUCAGAUCAGAUCAAAGAUUAAUGUAUAAGAUCCUAAAGUAAUUCAGAACAACUGAGGGACAAUGUCCACUGGAUGGCACCACAGAAAAACAACGUGGUCAAUAGUCAACUAUCUUUACCUUUAAAGAUGGGUGAUUUUCGAUCACAGGGGUGAUCCAUCUUUUCGCUAACAAUAAGUCAAUCGAUCUCUUAAACUAGCGAUGAAUAUCGAUCUGAAAUUUUUCGAUAUUUAGCUUCUUUUCACUAUUUUUUACACAAAAAUCACUUUAAAAGACAAUUUUAAUCAAAGCAAACUUCUGUUAUCGAGCAUAGGAUGUGUCGAUAUAAUACAUCUCCUUUAAAAUGGAUCACGAUCAUAUUUUUCUCUCCGAUUAUCGAUCUUUUCGAUCGAUCAAUCAUAUAGGAACAUCUUUACGCACCUUGCUUCUCGUCUGCACUAUCUUAUGCUUUAACUUUUGUUGUCGUCUGUUUCGUAUCAAAUUCAUUUUUAUAAUUAUUCUAAACUGUGAAUUUUUUAUCAUUGGUUUAUACUUUAAUAUAAUAAAAGCAGUAUUUCGUAAAUUUUGCAAUUCUUUUCAGUAUUUUAAACUAAAUUUUUUGAAACUGUUGAGCCGUUCUAUUGCAAAUUAUCGCCCUUCAUUUACUUCAUGCCACAAUGGAGAUUCAAGAAGAUGCUUCAUCGCUUUUACUUCGUGCUUAUAAAACAGGAAAGUGGAGUGAUAUAACAAUUAUGAACGGAGAUAAGAAGUAUCGAGUUCACAAACUUAUUUUGUCGGAUGUGAUUCCUUAUUUUGAUAGAAUGUUUUCCUCCGGACUCUCAGAAUCAACAAGUCAACUGAUCGAACUUGAUCAUCCGCCACAUGUAUUUGAUCUUAUUAUCGAAUGGGCUUAUUGUUCCAAGAUAAAGAUAACAAAAGAAAAUGCUGUUGACUUGUUCCAUCUUGCUGAUUACAUGAAUAUACCUAAAUUGACAGCUUUAUGUUUGGAUUUUUUGUGGAACGAAUCUUCUGAUUCUCCGUAUAUAGAUGUUGGCCACUGGAUUAAUCAAAUUGCCACGGAAGAAGUACUUAAAAGUAUUGAUCAAUAUAUUCGUUCAAACUUCAGGGACAUUGUUCAUACAAAUUCUUUUCUCGAUUAUGAUGUUGAUACUGUUACUUAUAUGAUCAAUUUGGAUAACUUGAAUAUUGACAAUGAAAUGCAAAUUUUUGAUGCUAUCAUGAGAUGGAUACGAAAAAAUGUCGAAAGAAGGUCUCAGCUUACAAAAAUGCUCAAGAUUGUGCACUGGGUUGAUAUCAAUGGGGUUCAGUUUAUGGACAAAAUCGAUAAAUCUUGGAUUAUGGAUUGUGAUCCGGCGCGUCAUGUUAUCAUGGCUGCAUUAGAGCUCAGUUUUUUCAAAUCAUUGAAAACAAUUCAAAUUAACGAUGUUCAUUUUGGUCCUCGCAAUAAAUCUGACGGCUUUCACUAUGCUGUCUAUAGAAAUAAUGAUUCAUCUAUAGAUUUUCAUCAUUUUGAUAGAAAGUAUGAAUCCAUUAAUCUUUCUGAGAAUCCUUUUCUUCCUGCUGCUAAUUUUGGAGAUUCAAAUAUCACUGAACAUAUUUUUGACUCUGAUGCAGUUAUCAGAAUCGACUGGAAGCAUAAAAAUUAUCGGUUAUUCAAAGAUUCUGAUUGCUGUUACACACUUUUAUUUGGACGCUUAUUUCAAUGCAACAAGGAAGAAAAAAAAAUUCAUUUUUGGAAAGGAGACCGACUCAUUGAGUUUGAUUAUCUUUUUCUCGAUCAAUUAGACGGUCAAUCAACGCUAAAAACGUUAACAAAACACGAAGGAGAGUUUUUGUUAUCGGCCAUUACCACCGCUCCGAAGAGAAAUCAAGUUCGCCAUUGCUACCAAAAUGCCGAGGGAUACAAAUUGUUAACAGUUGAGAAAAAUAAUGGCGAUUUUUUUGCGAGUCAUGAAAUUUUUACAAAAAAACCCAUAAAAAUGCUUAAAAGUACAACCUUUCAUGACUUGUUGGUAAUAUUUGUAGACUGCACAUUGAUCCUUACAUAUGAUUUCAACAAAAACACCUUUAAAGAGUAUAAAAACAGCGAAAUGGAACACAUGUGCUGUCUAUAUUUUCACUCAACUGGUUCAGAAUUGUGGAUUUUCUUUAAUGAAUCGGAAUCAGGCUACGAUAAAACAAUUAUGCAAGUUUUUCGUGUCGAAGAUGGGCAACUGAUUCCUGUGCCCGUUUCACACAAUCCGAUUUGCAGUAUUGUAACCGAUUGUAAGAUGAUUGGUUUAAUUUCACUUGAAGCGAAGCACUAAUAUGCAUGUAAAUGUUACAAUGCUGACAUCUCAAUGAUAUUAUGAAUUCUAUGUUUAUCUAUUUAUAUUAUGAAAAAGGUAAUUUUGAGCAUAACAUUGAAUUUCAUUUUAUGUACAAAGAAAUUGAGCGUUGGAAUAAAAUUAAAUUGAUAGA